AUGCAGGCAUCAACGUCUCGCCGACGCAAGUCUCAUUCGCCCGAGCCAAGGCCUACCGCGCAGAACGCGGUCGCAUCGACGGAGAAUGGAAAGAAGAAGAAGAAAGCUCUGUUCGCAAUGUGGUCCUCCAUCCCUGCGUCCAGUCCCCAAGCCAGUAAUACUGACGAGACGCCCGUCGACCGUGGCAGGAAGAAUAGAUCGAAGCAUAGUGCCAAGUCUCAGUCGCGUCCGGAGAACGCUAGCGGGCAUCGACAAGGAACAGCUCAGGCAAAGAGCUCCAAGAGGGAGAGAUCGGUGUCCAGGGAUUCACCACGGCGCUCUAAGGGGGUCUCACCGGCGCGUUCUGCUGCAGCCACGUUAACUGAGGAUGAGGGGCCUGGGCAAACUGGGUUCACCGGGCCAUUAGCAGCUGCUGAGUUUGCUCGACUGAAGGCUGAGAAUGAGGCAUUGAAGAAGCAAAUACACACGAUGAAGAAGACUAUAGGGAAGCAGACCAAGUCGAAGAAGGAACAAGGACAACAGAUGGAGAAGCUCAAAUCCAAGUCCAAGAAGUCAGAAGAGAAUUGGUUCCGCUCUGCUCCUCCCCACGAGGAUGACAUGUACGACGACGACGACCCCGACUAUAUCUUAUUCCGGCACAAAUCCUGCCCCUCAUGCCGCGCCUCCGUGCGCCAGAGACCGGUCCCGCUGUUCAUCCUCAAGGCUAUCGCAUCCGCCGUCGCCAACGAGGACGAUGGGUUCGACGCGGGCGACAUGUGGGCCGCGCUGCCCGGAUACGGCACGGAGAGCGACGAAGAGGCCUACGAGGGGUCGUACAUCGAACCGCGCUGGGCUCCCCCGACGGUAUACCUCAACCUCGACGAUGGCUUCGGCCUCUGGGACGACCUUGACGACGAGACACUCUCGCUCCUCCGGCGCGGCGCUACGCUCGGCAUGAUCGAGAUGUACCAGAUGCAGUACUCGCACGAGCAGGGCAUCACCGCCAUGCUCGACGGCGGCGAGAACACGGUGUAUCUGGGGUGGAACAUCAACCUACACGAGAACGAUAUCCUGGGCGAGGUGUUCAUGCAACAUGUGGAGAGUGAUAUUGUCGAGAGGCCGGAUAGGUGGAGGGUCCGCCAUGACCACAGGACACAGACGUUCGAGGCGUGGCGGCUGGUCCCCGAGGAGGAAGUGGAGGAGUAUGAUACCACGGACACGGAAGCCUGGAUCCAGAGUGACGACGACGAGGACUAG